AUGUUUCAGCCAAACAUAUUUGACAGUCAUCACCUACUAGAUGUGGGGGGACACAAGACGCCGGAGAGCGAGAUGGAGAUGAUGAGGGAGGUGGAUGAGUUCGAGAGCAAAUCGGUAACAGACAUCAUGGAAGCUCCCUCCGGUGACGAUCAAGAUCCCAAUCAACGGCCGAACAAGAAGAAGCGGUACCACCGCCACACCCAACAUCAAAUCCAGGAGAUGGAAGCUUUCUUCAAGGAGUGCCCACACCCAGAUGACAAGCAGAGGAAGGAUCUGGGCCGGAGAUUAGGGUUAGAGCCUCUGCAAGUCAAGUUCUGGUUCCAAAAUAAGCGCACUCAGAUGAAGGCCCAGCACGAAAGGCACGAGAAUUCACAUCUAAGAGCUGAGAACGAGAAGCUGAGGGCUGAGAACAUAAGGUACAAGGAAGCCCUCGGAAACGCCACGUGUCCCAAUUGCGGUGGCCCUGCCGCCAUCGGCGAGAUGUCCUUCGACGAGCAGCAUCUGAGGAUUGAAAAUGCACGUCUACGAGAAGAGAUCGAUAGGAUUUCUAGCAUUGCUGCAAAAUAUGUGGGCAAGCCACUGCUCUCCUACACUCAAGGAACACCCCGAUCUCUUGAUCUUGGAGUUGGAAGUUUCAGCUCACCGGCAGGCAUGGUGGGGGACUUGUACGGCGGCACUAGUGACCUCCUCAGGUCGGUCUCGGGCCCAUCUGAGGCUGACAAGCCCAUGAUCAUUGAGCUUGCAGUUGCAGCAAUGGAGGAGGUAAUCAGAAUGGCCCAGUCCGGUGAGCCUCUAUGGAUGCCGAGUCCGGACAAUGCAACGGAGAUUCUGAGUGAAGAUGAGUACCUCAGGACCUUCCCCCGAGGGAUCGGGCCAAAGCCAUUAGGGCUCAAGUCUGAAGCGUCUCGUGAAUCAGCAGUUGUCAUCAUGAACCACGUUAACCUUGUUGAGAUUCUAAUGGAUGUGAAUCAAUGGACAAGCGUAUUUUCUGGCAUCGUUUCAAGGGCAUUUACCUUGGAGGUUUUGUCAACCGGAGUUGCAGGGAACUACAAUGGUGCCCUUCAAGUGAUGACAGCCGAGUUCCAGGUCCCUUCACCUCUUGUUCCAACCCGAGAAAACUACUUUGUGAGAUACUGCAAGCAGCACGCAGAUGGGACAUGGGCAGUGGUCGAUGUCUCCUUGGAUAAUCUUCGCCCCAGCUCCAUCUCAAGGUGCCGAAGGCGGCCUUCUGGUUGCUUAAUCCAAGAACUACCAAAUGGGUACUCAAAGGUAACGUGGGUGGAACAUGUUGAAGUGGAUGAUAGAGCCGUUCACAAUCUAUACAGACCAUUAGUGAAUUCGGGUCUAGCAUUCGGCGCAAAACGUUGGAUAGCAACUUUGGAUCGACAAUGCGAACGCCUGGCAAGUGCAAUGGCCAAUAAUAUUCCUGCAGCAGAUGUUGGAGUAAUAACAACUCCAGAAGGGAGGAAGAGCAUGUUGAAGCUGGCCGAGAGAAUGGUGACAAGCUUCUGCGCCGGUGUUGGCGCUUCUACAGCACACACGUGGACAACACUAUCAGGAAGCGGUGCCGAUGAUGUAAGGGUAAUGACCAGAAAGAGCAUGGACGAACCUGGGAAGCCCCAAGGGAUCAUACUAAGUGCUGCCACAUCGUUCUGGCUCCCCGUUUCACCGAAAAGAGUGUUUGAUUUUCUCCGGGAUGAGAACUCUCGAAGCGAGACAAGUAACCCGUAUAAGCCUAUCUGUAUUAACUUACCUCUCACUUUCUCAUUUCUGAUCGUUAUGCCCAUUGGAAUGUACUUCAUCGUGCAUCCGCUCAAGUGCAAACUCAAGCCAGAGCAACAUGCUGAUAUUACAAGAGAGUUGCACCGACUUCACAGGCUCUUACGUUAUAUACGCGCCGUUGAUAUUGGGGCUAUGAAUGUGGUGUUUAGUGGUGGAGACUCUGACUAUGUUGCCCUUCUACCAUCUGGUUUUGCUAUACUUCCCGAUGGACCGACACACCACGGAGAAGUAAUUCCUGAAGUUGGCUCUGGCGGAUCACUACUGACAGUCGCAUUUCAGAUCUUAGUUGAUUCGGUUCCUACGGCUAAGCUUUCUCUUGGAUCAGUGGCAACUGUUAAUAGCCUUAUCAAGUGCACAGUUGAAAAGGAUCAGGACUGCUGUUGGUGGCGAGAGCGCAUGACUACAAGGUCUUACAAAGGUCAGUCACUCCUCUAA